AUGUUUCCCCGAUUGUUGUUCUUCUGUACAUUUUCAAUGCUCAUAUGUAAUUUUGAGAGGAAGCCCACCGUGGAUGCAGAGGAGGCUCAGAGGAUGACAACCCUGCUGUCUGCCAUGUCUGAGGAGCAGCUGUCCCGCUACGAAGUGUGUCGCCGGUCAGCUUUCCCGAGAGCACGCAUUGCGGGUCUGAUGCGGGCUAUCACUGGCAGUUCGGUGUCUGAGAACGCGGCCAUUGCCAUGGCUGGAAUAGCCAAGGUCUUUGUCGGAGAGGUGGUGGAAGAGGCCCUGGACGUGUGUGAGAUGUGGGGAGAGACGCCCCCGCUGCAGCCCAAGCAUUUAAGGGAGGCCGUUCGCAGGUUAAAGCCCAGGGGCCUCUUCCCCAACAGCAACUGCAAAAGAAUCAUGUUCUAGGCCCGAGGCCAGAGGGCAGGGUCUGUUUGUGCAGGAAGAAGUACCGCGUUCAUCUUCCAAUGACAGGAGUGUGUGUGCUGGAGCUCCUGCA